GUUGAGGGUUAAGUUUAAAGUUGUGUUUUCAGUUUUCAAAAUAUUUUUUUAGAAUUUUCGCGGUUUUGUGAAAUUAUUAAUAAGUAUAUAAGUAAUAUUUCAAACAAAAAUUAAUUCAUAAGUAAGAACCACAGUUCACAGAGUUGUAAUACAGGAGUGAAAGAAAAUAUUUAAAACUUUCAUUACACAGUGAUAAACCUAGAAAACUAUUUUGUUUUUAAAGUACCAUUUAGUACUUAGCAUUUAAAGCUUUUGCAGCCGCAUAACAUAAUACAAUGCGUCGUGGUUGGAGAGGUCGCUAUAGAAAUAAUUGGAACCGAGGCAGUAGCAACCGUAAUACACCUUGCAGUGGUAGCGUCAAUAACUCGACAUUAUCUGGAGUAUCAACAUCGGUGUCCUCUAGGGCUCCAGCUAAUCAAAUACCUAUAGUAAUACCUAUUCAUUCCGACAAAAAUGUAUGGAAACUCUACUUUCCCACUGAAGGGCAACCACCAAAUCCAGAUAUUACUGAAAACAUAAAAAGCUUCCAGAGUUAUGUAGAAAAGAACAGAAGUUGUUUUGAUUUGGAAAAAAUUGACCAAACUCGCAGCAUUUCCUUAGACAUACAAAUGUUACUCAGCGAUGAGGAAUUUAAAACUAAGUGGUCAACUUUCCAGACCGACUUAUUUGAGAAGCCUGAGACAACUUUAAGAAUUUUAGAGUUCUGUUUACAUGAGACACUCAAAUGUGAAUCUAGAAUACGAGUCAGAAUAUUGAACCAUGAACCUGUCAUUCCAAUUGCCAACCUAAAAGUUAAUUAUUUUGGUAAAUUAGUCACAAUAAAAGGCACUGUGAUAAGAGUGGGCAGCGUUGGUCUGAUGUGCACUGCCAUGGCGUUUGAGUGCAUGAGUUGCCGCAGCGUGCAGGCUGUCAUGCAACCACAGGGUGUAUUUACAGCACCAAACUUUUGUCAAAGCUGUAAAAGCGGUAACAAGUUUGAGCCCCUACAAUCGUCCUCAUACACAAGCACCACUGACUGGCAAGUUGCAAAAAUACAAGAGAUACAAUCACAGAGUUUAUCAGGAACGAUUCCUAGAACCGUUGAAAUCGAACUCCAGGGUGAUUUGGUUGGAACUGCUUGCCCUGGAGAUGUACUCUCUGUCACUGGCAUUGUUCAGGUCCGAGGUGAGAGUAAAGGAGGUGAAGACGGGCGAAGGGCAGCCAGAUUACUGCAGUUGUAUGUUGAGGCUGUGUCUAUUCACAGUCAAAGAAAUCUCAGCAAUCCUACUUUGUCUUUCACAUUAAAGGAUUACUACGCUAUACAGGAAAUCCAUGCUUCCGAAGAUGUAUUUAGGCUUCUGGUGCAUUCCCUGUGCCCUUCGAUAUUUGGGCACGAAGCUGUCAAAGCGGGUCUUAUACUGGGAUUGUUUGGCGGAACUGAGAUCGAGAACGGGUCUCGGUGUAACCCCCAUGUGUUGAUAGUGGGCGACCCAGGGCUAGGAAAGUCGCAGCUACUGCAAGCCGCUGCACACGCUGCUCCUAGAGGAGUGUAUGUCUGCGGCGCUUCGGCCUCGGCUGGAGGUCUGACGGUGGCGUUAGGGCGCGAGGCGGGCGGGGACUUUGCCCUCGAGGCUGGUGCCCUGGUCCUGGCAGACAGAGGCGUCUGUUGUGUGGAUGAGCUUGACAAGAUGACGGCUCAUCACAGUAGUCUGUUGGAAGCGAUGGAGCAGCGGCGAGUGAGCGUCGCCAAAGGCGGCGUGGUGUGCAGCCUGGCCGCGCGCGCCACUGUACUGGCCGCGGCUAACCCCGCCGCCGGCAGCUACAACAGAGCCAAAACUGUUGCCGAAAAUCUAAAACUGAACUCUGCACUGUUGUCAAGAUUCGAUUUGGUUUUUAUCUUAUUAGAUCAACCAGACGAGAAAGUAGAUGCUAUGUUAUCUGAACAUGUAUUAGCACUUCAUUCUGGGUCCAAAAAUAAGAGGAAAGACAGCGCUAGCACCAGUAAAUUUAAUGCUAGCAUUGUAUCUAGCCAAACUGAUGACAACAUUUCAUUAAGUAAAAGAUUACGUCUCAAACCCGGAGAAGUGAUCGACACUUUGCCGCUAGUUUUGCUGCGCAAAUAUAUCGCGUACGCGAGGAGAUACGUCCACCCAAAACUGAGCGUGGAAGCGGCCAACAUUCUGCAGAACUUCUACUUAGAGCUGCGACAUAACCACCAAGGCGUGUGCAAUGACGGUGCGCCUAUCACCACCAGGCAACUUGAAGCUUGCAUUAGAUUGACACAGGCUCGAGCGAGAGUGGAUUUACGCGAAGAGGCUACAGCUCGCGAUGCGAAUGACGUCAUCAGCCUCGUGAAACACAGCCUCAUGGACACGUUCAGCGAUGAGUUCGGUAACAUACAACUGUCACGGUCUAUCAAUGGAUCUGGCGUUAGCUCACGGAAUAAGGUAAAGAAAUUUUUAGAUGUAUUGACUCGUCGAUCUCAUCAGUUAGGUAAAGAUGUGUUUACGAGACAAGAGUUGAAAGAAAUACACAAAUCUGCGGGCAUCGCUGGCGAUCCUAACGACCUCAUCGAGGCAAUGCACGUCCAUUCUUACUUACUACUUAAGGGAUCUAAUACUUAUCAAUUAAUUGCUCUUUAAGUGUUUGUUGAUUAAUUAUAAUUGUUGAUUUAAUUAAAAAAAUUAACUUAUA